AUGGGGGAUCAAAUCGCAAGAAGUGAAGAUUUCGAGAAGAAGGCAGAGAAGAAGCUGAGCGGAUGGGGCCUUUUUGGCUCCAAAUACGAAGACGCCGCUGAUAUCUUCGAUAAAGCUGGCAAUUGCCUCAAACUCGCCAAAUCAUGGGAUCAAGCCGGAGCAGUGUACAUUAAAUUGGCUAAUUGUCAUCUUAAGUUGGAUAGCAAAUUUGAAGCUGUUAAAGCUUAUGCUGAUGCUGCUCAUUGCUACAAGAAGUCAAACACAAAAGAUUUUUAUGAAACUUAUUUCCUCAUGUAUUUGGCCCAACCCACACAUGGAAUAGCAUCUAAUAAAUUGAAUCAUUGA